AUAAAUAAGAUUCGGUUAUUCAAAGUUAAUGAUUCUCCAGGAGACGUUUUCCUAAAAGUACGAUAAAUAGUCUACUAAAUCAUGUAAAUUGAAUUCUAUUAAUAGGUAUGAAAAAUCCCAAAGUUAUAUUUAAAUCACCAAAGAUUUUUAAAAGGCUAUCCUACUAAAAUAAGUUACACAUAAUGUACAUUUUGCUUCCUCCUGGGUCGAAUUUCAGAGCUUAACAAUACUUCUUACGUCACGCAUUCGAAUAAGUAUUUUUUUAAAAAUGCCCAUUUUAUUAAUUCAAAUGCAAGCUAUUCAUAAUGGUGUCCUUUAAACACUGUGUACUUUCCGAAAUCAGUUUCCUGUUUUUUAAUAUGUACUUUCACUUCAAUUUCUUUGUAACUGAAAUCAUCCCUUAAAAACAUUUGUUUAUCAGAUAUUACUAUGUAAAAUAAAAAGAGACCACGUCCUCUUUACAGAUAACAUAUACAUGUAUAAGACUCAAUAUGGAUUUUGAACCUAGACAAUCGGCGGUGAACAAACGCAAACGGUCAGGCGAGGAGGAAAGUGAAUUUGAAGAAAAGAAACAGAAGCUUCAAUCUGACACAGAUCUGAAUGGUUCACUACAACCUUCAAUUUAUCAUGGUAAAGAAAUUCUUCUCGAACAGCAAGAAUUCAAAAUCCAGCCAAUAAAAAUCGAGUCUGAAAAUGAUGAUCAACAAGAAAGAGGAAAUAAGAACAAUUUGGAUUCCGAUUGUUUUAGAGAAAGGGGCGAGUUUGUUGCCUACACCAUUCACAGAAAAGAAAUAUUAUCUAUUCCUGUGGAAAUAUUAUCCUUUGGAUCCGAAACUACUUCUUCGACAAACUUGACAGAUGUCAAAGAAGACAAAGAUGGAAAUUGCAUUGAACAUGCAGAGGGUUCCAAAAAGAUUUACAUACCUAUUGAAGUAAGAAGCACUAACAACUUCGAGAGUGAAAAUAAAAGUCAAGCACAAUCGCUGAAAUAUAAAGAAAAGCAGUUUGGAAAUCUCUCAAAGGAAUCAAUCCCAAUUUUCUUAAAUGAGGAUUCAAACGCUUUUGACUCCAAAACUGAGGGUACAACUUCACUACAACUACAUCUACCAGAAAACAAAGAAGAUGAAGACUUAAAUCAUCAAGGAGAGGCCAGUCAAGUAUCUGAAUGCGAUGAAAGGUCUUUGGAUUCCGGAAUACUGGGCGAGAGCGAGUCUUUAAAAAAUUACGACAUUUACAUUGAAAAAGAUGACGAUACAAACGUAAGCGAGCCAACGUUGAUUGUGAAAGAAAAAGUUAUCGAAGAAAAGGGACCAACUUCUCCAAGUCACAAUCAGACAGGAGGUAGCGAUGACGUCAUUGGGUCUUUAGAGGAAAAUGAUGACGACACUAAAAACAGGAAUGACCCUGAUGAUAAGAAAGAAUCCGAAAAUUAUUUGUACAGGUUACUCCGACCUGCAGAGACUUAUAUCACUGGAAUCUUUCCCAAAAAUAUUCAUUCAAGUACAAGCCUUGAAGACCAUGUUAGUAGUGGGUCUAGUUGCAGUGUAGCGUCAAAGUUCAUCUCCUGUUCUAAGUCACUAUACAAGAUCAAAGAGUUUGCUAGAUUGAUUCGGAAAAGCUGGCGCCACGAGCUAAGGUACAUUGUCCGGAUUGACCGCAGCCUCAUGGGAACCGAUGUAGAGGAAAUAGAUCUCACUGACACAAGCAUCCGAGAAACACACCUCACCAGUGACAGAUCAAGAAGAAACUCCUUAAGAUUUGAAGAGAUUAUAUUGGUUCCGACAGAAUGCAUACCUCCUGCAAGCGUUAAGACGAUCGGUCAUGUGCAGAAUGGCUUUUUUCAUUUUGAUGAAUAAAAAUCCAACAGAUAUUCUCGAUAUCAAAAAAAAGUUAAUACGAAAUUUUGAAAAAGCCUUCUAUUUUUAAUGUUAUA